AUGCAAGCCGUUCGUCUCCACCCCUCUCCACGUCCAUCUACACCUUACUCCCCUACGAAUCCAGCCCCCCCAUCAGUACUAAAACUCGACCACAACCUCCCUAUCCCCUUAGUCUCCAAACCAGAUGAGAUCCUCAUCCGAGUCAAAGCCAGCACGAUAAUCCGAGACACGCUCACAUGGCCUGAAACAUAUAUCCACGAGUACGCCAUUCCAGGCAACGACUUCUCCGGCGUCGUGGUCGCCGUCUCCGACACGUCUGACUCAUCCUUUAAACCAGGCGAUGAGCUCUUCGGGAUGGCGCAUGUAGACCGCUCAUCGACCUGGGCGGAAUACGUCCUCGUUCGAACCAACGAAGUCGCUCUCAAACCCGCUUCGUUGUCCUGGGAAGAAGCUGCCUCUGUGCCCCUCAGCGCCCAGACUGCAUACGAGGCUCUAUUCGUUCAUGCGGGGGUGUCUGUUCUUGUUCCAGACAACAACAACAACAGCAACACUCGCACGUCCAAUCCACAGACCGUCUUGAUCACCGGCGCCGCAGGUGGCGUGGGCAUCUACCUCGUCCAGCUGGCUCGAUUAGCAGGUUUGCACGUCGUGGUAGCCACGAGUUCCAAUACGCGGAAUGCCGAGUUCCUUCGUGAUCUGGGUGCCCACGAAACUGUAGAAUACGACGAAGUCCUCCAGACUCAGUCUACCCCAUUCGAUAUUAUUAUAGACACAGUGGGAGGCAAUAUCCUAGACCGAUGUUGGGAUCUCGUCGUACCAGUCACGGGGUGUCUGAUCUCGGUGGACUCAGCCAGUGCGAACUUCGUCCAAGAGCAUGAGAAAAAAGGUCUAAGCAGAUCGGGAAUCAAGGCACUGGCUUUCAUCGUCCAGGGGAGCAGUGAAUCGUUGCAAGCAUUGGCUCGGUUCGUGGAUACCGGUGCUUUAAGGGUGUUUGUGCACUCUUCUUAUCCUCUUUCUCAGGUGGUGGAGGCUUAUGAACGGGCGCAUGAACGGGGGGGUUCCUCACGAGGAAAGGUGGUUCUUACUGUAUAA